GAAGACUACUCUGAAGAGAGAAAUCAUGUCUUCUAAGAGAAGGCUUCAUAAGUGGUCAAUUGAUUUUACCGGACAUGGAAGAUCAAAAUCUGAGAGACAAGCUGUUCUGGUCUCCGAAAUAAAACCCCCAGUUGGAUAUACAGAGAGUAUCGGGACUUUAGCUGAACAAAGUGGCAAAGACACAGACCAGAAAAUUAUAGAUAAGAGAUCAUGGGAUAUAGCCCUCGGACCAUUAAAACAAAUUCCUAUGAAUUUCUUCAUCAUGUGGAUGGCUGGGAAUUCAAUCUCAAUUUUUCCCAUAAUGAUGGUUGGCAUGAUGUUCUUCAAACCCAUACAAGCCUUCAUUUCCAUACAGAACACAUUUGUUAUGAUAGAAGGAUCACAAGCCUAUAUACAGAAAUUUAUUUACAUAUUUGGAAACAUUGUCUGUGUGGCUUUAGCAACAUAUAAAUGUCAGACAAUGGGACUCCUCCCCACUCAUGCCUCUGAUUGGCUAGCUUUCAUGGAUCCUCAAAAGAGAAUGGAGUGGAGUGGAGGAGGAUUCGUUUUAUAAGAGAAAGAAAUUAAAUGUUUCCCAAGGACUACUGUUGUCAAGAAUGGUGUAAAAUACUUGAGAAGAAAAUACUACCCAAGAAUAAUGUUGUAAAAUAUAAUGUAAAAUUAUAAUAUUAUAAAUAUUGAAGAAAAAUACUGGCCAAGAAAAUUGUUGUUUGAAUUUGUGUAUAUUGAACUUAUUUAUGUCAUGAGGAAUGAAAAUUAUUGUCUAGAGUGUGUAAAAUAUGCAUUUUCGUUUUUGAUGUCAAGAAAUCAGAAAAUUGAGUGCAAUAAAACGGAAAAUACUAUGUCAUUAAUAGUACAUGAGGAAACUCAUUUUUCAAUAUAAUAUUUUCUUGUACAUUUUAAGUAUUAUGUUAAAAAGAAAAGAAAAACAAAACAAAAAAAACACUGUCAAAUGCUUUA